AAUGAUAGUCAUCAACGCCAGACACUGAGGCAGCGCCGGUGCGGAGGGGACGAUGGAGAAUUUCACGGCGCUGUUCGGGGCUCAAGCUGACCCACCACCUCCCCCAGCCGCACUAGGCUUCGGACCAGGAAAGCCUCCACCCCCGCCCCCGCCGCCGCCGGGCGGGGGACCCGGCACAGCGCCGCCUCCCACGGCGGCCACCGCUCCUCCCGGCACAGACAAGUCAGUGGCUGGUUGUGGCCCCUUCUAUCUAAUGCGGGAACUGCCUGGCAGCACGGAGCUGACAGGCAGCACCAAUCUCAUCACACACUACAACCUGGAACAAGCCUAUAACAAAUUCUGUGGCAAGAAGGUGAAGGAGAAGCUAAGCAACUUCCUGCCCGACCUGCCGGGGAUGAUCGAUCUUCCCGGCUCUCACGACAACAGCAGCCUCCGCUCCCUUAUCGAGAAGCCCCCUAUUCUUGGUGGCUCUUUCAAUCCCAUCACAGGGACCAUGCUGGCUGGCUUCCGCCUCCACACCGGCCCGUUGCCAGAACAGUGUCGCCUGAUGCAUAUUCAGCCUCCCAAGAAGAACAAGAAGCACAAGCACAAACAGAGUCGGACCCAGGAUCCUGUCCCCCCAGAAACACCAUCUGAUUCGGAUCAUAAGAAGAAGAAAAAGAAAAAAGAAGAGGAUCCUGACCGGAAAAGGAAGAAGAAAGAGAAGAAGAAAAAGAAGAGCCGACACAGUCCAGACCACCCGGGUAUGGGCAGCUCUCAGGCCAGCAGCAGCAGCAGCCUUCGCUGACAACCACUGGACUCUACCAGGAUGGCUUUUCCUACUGAACUUCUAACAGAAGCUGCCUUCCCGGCUCUUGGCCAAUGCCUUGGGAAUACCCAGCAGCCAAGGCAGAGGCCAACUCCUGCUCUGCUUGGUUGCGAUGAAUACAUUAGAAGAGGGAAGGGCCAUCCUUUUAUAAGGCUCAGCCUAGUUGGCUUUCUCAUGGACAUCUCUUCCUCUCCCAGGAAGCUAUUUCUUCUGUUUUGUGCAAUUUGUUUAAUAUCAGAACUUGACCUGUUAAGUUUUUCUUUAAAAAAAAAAAUACCUGCAUUUAUCAAA